CCUCCCCAGCAGCUGCCACCGCGCAAAAUGGCGGCCGGAGCCGGGCCCGUCGGAAGCGGCGGGGGCUGCGGCAGCCUCUCCUCCAACACCUCGGCGCCGUCGCCCCCUCAGGCCAGCAACGGGCCGCCCCCGCCGCCAUCGCCGCUCCCCGCUUCACCUGCGCCGCCGCCGCCCUCGUCCUGCUCCAACAGCGGAGACGGGCCUCUGCUGCUGCUCUCGCCGCCUCAGGCAGCGCCGCCGUCCCCGCCUCUCGCCGCUGCUUCGCCUCAGGCCUCCUCCUCCUCCUCCUCCUCCGGGCCCACGCACAACCACGGAGCGGGAGGAAGAGGCAGCAACCCGCUGCCGGUGGGGGCCAGCGGGGCCGCGGCGGCGGCGGCGGCGACCGCUGCUUCGCCCUCGGGCCCGGGCUCCUCUUCGCCUUCGCCGCCGCCGCCCGGGCCGCGGGAGCCGGCCUACAACUGGCAGGCGACGAAGCCGACGGUGCAGGAGCGCUUCGCCUUCCUGUUCAACAACGAAGUGCUCAGCGACGUCCACUUCUUGGUGGGCAAAGGCCGCGCCGGCGCCCAGCGCAUCCCCGCCCACAGAUUUGUGCUGGCUGUGGGCAGCGCGGUCUUUGAUGCCAUGUUCAAUGGCGGGAUGGCCACAACCUCCACGGAGAUAGAACUGCCUGAUGUGGAGCCUGCUGCCUUCUUAGCUUUGCUGAAAUUUCUUUAUUCAGAUGAAGUUCAGAUUGGGCCAGAGACUGUGAUGACGACUCUUUACACUGCAAAAAAAUACGCAGUCCCUGCCCUUGAGGCUCACUGUGUGGAGUUUCUGAAGAAAAACCUCAGAGCAGAUAAUGCAUUCAUGCUUUUAACCCAGGCGAGACUCUUCGAUGAGCCCCAGUUGGCAAGCCUUUGUUUGGAAAACAUAGAUAAAAACACCUCUGAUGCCAUCAAUGCAGAAGGCUUCACUGAUAUUGACCUGGACACGCUGGUCGCAGUUUUGGAGCGGGACAGCCUUGGCAUCCGGGAGGUGCGCCUCUUCAACGCAGUGGUCCGGUGGGCAGAGGCUGAGUGCCAGCGGCAGCAGUUGCAGGUGAUACCGGAGAACAAGCGGAAAGCUUUGGGCAAAGCGCUGUCCCUCAUCCGCUUCCCCUUGAUGACAAUUGAGGAAUUUGCUGCAGGGCCAGCUCAGUCGGGGAUCCUCACUGACCGUGAAGUGGUUAGCCUGUUCCUCCAUUUCACUGUCAACCCCAAGCCACGGGUGGAGUUCAUUGACCGCCCUCGCUGCUGCCUGAGAGGGAAAGAGUGCAGCAUCAACCGUUUCCAGCAAGUGGAAAGCCGCUGGGGAUACAGUGGGACCAGUGACCGGAUCAGGUUCUCUGUCAACAAGCGGAUAUUUAUAGUUGGAUUUGGGUUGUAUGGCUCAAUCCAUGGCCCCACAGAUUAUCAAGUAAAUAUACAGAUAAUUCACACGGACAGCAACACAGUCCUGGGCCAAAAUGACACUGGGUUUAGCUGCGAUGGAUCCUCCAAUACUUUCCGGGUCAUGUUUAAGGAGCCUGUUGAGAUCCUUCCCACUGUCAGUUACACAGCCUGUGCAACACUGAAGGGACCCGACUCUCACUAUGGAACCAAAGGGUUGCGGAAGGUGGUCCACGAGUCACCCACAACAGGGACGAAGACCUGUUUUACUUUCUGCUAUGCUGCUGGCAACAACAACGGCACCUCAGUGGAAGAUGGACAGAUCCCAGAGAUCAUCUUCUACACAUAGCUGCUGCUGCUGGAAGUUCACCAUCGGACAGGCUCAGCGCUCCCUUCCCACCCCCUCCACGUGCCCUUUGAAGCUGAGAUCGACGGCCUGCGUUCUGCCAUAGCGAUAGGAUGGACUCCAGUCAGCAGACUCAGAUUGGGCAAGCACUCCCAGAUUGCACGUGCUGUACGUGGCUGGUGUGGGGUGUGAUGUUCACAACCAGAUGCAUGUUGGCCUUGCUUGCCAGGCUGGGGUGGGGCUGCCAGUCCCUUCUGUUUGUGUUGGCGGUCUGGCCGGGUGAUUUUGUUGCUUUUACAUCUAGCUGUUCUCACGGAGGCGAACUUACUCCUAUGAGAAGUGAGCCCCCACCAAAGAGGCACCCCCCCCUUCUGGCAGGUAGGAGGCCAGCAUGGGGGCGGAGAAGGCAGCUUAGAUGGUGGUUUGGUAAAUAUCAGAAGAGUGGUGGGGCUUUAUUCAAAAUGCACUUGUCCCCUUCCACUUGCCUAGCAGGACAAAUGGCUUAUUCUCUUUGGGGUAAUGGUGUCCACAGUCUGAAGGUAGGGGUGAGCCUUUUGCAUGACAGGCAGCAUUUCAAGACAAUCCUUGACCUGAGGAAAUAGCAGAACUAACACAGGCCAGUCGACUGACCUUCCAGUGUGUGUGUGCUGGCUUUCAGGGGCGACGAAAUAGCCCUUAAGGCAUUUGUUACUGACCUGGUAUCUUCUCAAUGUGUCAGAUUGAAACCCCUGUCGUAUCCAGACGACACAGGCAGCCCUGCUUGGCGAGGAUGAUGCAGGUUGGAGGCUAAGAUGUAUACCUGGAGGGUGAUAUUGGGAAAGGCUGUCUUAAGAUCUACCUUAAAUGGCUUUUCAAACUUGGGUGA